GGUAGUCGCCGAGUGCGCGCGCAUUGUUUAUUUCUAAUUUAAAUUGUGUACGAUAAAAAGUGUAUUCUUAUUUCGAAUUUAGUAUUACUAAUACCGCUACUAUAUUCAUGACAGAAGGUUAAUUUGGAGUGUGGUGCUGUGUUUAAGUGUUAUAGAGAAAUUACUAUAUGAGAUCAGGCAAACGCCAUUUAAGCCUUUUAUUCCGUGAAAAGAUGUAGGUUGGUUCGAAACUAAAAUUACACUGUACCCUUACACCAAUAAUGAUUUUGGAUUUUUAAGAUUGUAUAAACGUCAAAAUGUCUACUAGCAAUGAUUUGAGCGAUGAAACUGAUGCAUCUCCAAGACUAAGGAUGAAACCAGCUGUUAAUAAGAUAUUCUGCUGCAGCGUCACGGCUGCUUCUGGAUUUAUUGCUGCUUAUGCUCUGGUGUCCUAUGCAAUCGCCCUAAUAUAUGAGAUAGUAUGGGUUGUGGAGUCUCAGAGUGGUCUGCCUAUACCAUCCGCUCUGCUUAUGAUAUGUUACUGCGUGGUUAUAGCGGCUACUGUCGUGCUGGUUCACGGCCUUAUAUCUAAAAACAACAAAUACCUGCUGGCGUGGCUUAUAUCAGUGAUCUUGGUGCUGAUUCCUGAGUGUGCUCUAGUUUUCUACAUGUCUAUAAGCCAUUGGGGUCUCCAAGGGGUGUACGGAGGUGCUGAGCUGGCAUGCUAUGUGGCUCGACUACCAGCCAUUGUGUGUGGAGUUGUCCUAGUACAGUCUGCGUAUGCACUUAGAGAAGCGAGGAAAAGUGAAUACGGUGCUGGAGUUGGUGUGAGCGGUAGUGAGUUCGAUGCCAGUCACUACGUCCCCGAUACUGCGGCACCGGCUUUCACUAAUGAGGGCUUUCUGGCGGAUAAUGGAAAAUCCGGUUCAAUGCCAGAUCUCCGUCGCCACUUGGCCGCUCGUCAAUCCAUCAAUAUGGGCUACCCCAUCAUGUUACCACAACCGCCUCCCGCCUACUGGCAACACUUAGCGGAACGGCAGUACGCAGCCUCUCUUCGAGGCUACCCGAAGCAUUACCCACAAAACUUUGGCACCUGGGUUGGUCCCAGAACCGACUACAAACGUCGCCACUCAGUCGUUGGCGCGUUUGACGAAUAUCCGACCAAAUAUGACUACGACGAUCGUAUGGACUGUAAGAGCGAAAUUAACGAACGGGUAAGCUACCCGUACAGACCCUAUUAUGACCCAAGAUAUCCCCCAGAUUACGCAUAUUUCCAGGACUUCAAAAGGGAAGAUGCGGGAUAUGGGGUCAAUUUGUUACGACAUGAUCCAUACUAUAGAGACAGGAUGUACGCUAUGCGAAAUAGUCACACGUCUGUGGGAAACGAAUCGGAUGAUUUGACUAAGUAUAAAGAUGUUGCUUUAUAAACAAGCUUAUUCUGAGUUAUUCAUUUCAUGAAAGACAAUCUCGGUGGCUUUGCACGGGUACAGUAUCGUAAGAAUAAUAGUUGUUACUUUAUUAAAAACAUGAUGAACAUAGGAACAGUCAGGCCAAAAUUCUAAUAGGAUUUUAAAGAAAAACUGUUAAUAUAUUAUAAAGAGAAAAUAUAAUAAAUAUAUUUAUACUCUACAAUUUAUCCCUCGUCCAUAAUCUAUGAAAUAAAGUAUUUUGUUUUGUGAUGCUUAAUCGGUGAAAAGUAAUAAUAAAGUUUGAUCU